ACUGGACCGCCCUUCAUUGGGCUGCCUUGGAGGGACACCUUCCUGUGGUGGAAUUCCUGGUGGCGGAGGACUGCGACCUCAACGCCAGAACCAAGAUUGACUGGACCGCUCUUCAUUGGGCUGCCUGGAAGGGACACGUUUCUGUGUUGGAAUUCCUGGCAGCGAACGGUGGCAACCCCAACGCCAGAAGCAAUGAGGGGUCAACACCAAUGCACAUCGCAGCACGCCGUGGACAAUGGGGGACACUGGAAGCUCUCGCGGCGAGCGGGGCCGACGUGGACCCCGUUGACAAAUUGGGCAACACGCCUCUCCAUGACGCAGCUUCAAGUGGGAAGCUCCUGGCGGUGGGCACCCUGAUUGGCCUUGGGGCGUCCACCAGCAUGAAGAAUAAGGCCAGGAAGACUCCGCAGAACCUGUUGGGGACAACGUCUGCUGGCAGAACCUUCUCCAUGGCGAAGGAAAGUGCUGCGGAGGAGAAGGAGAGGAGGAAGAUGCAGGAGAAGGAGGCGAAGGAGAAGUACGACUCGAAAGUGGCGGAGGUGGCCAACCUGCAGAAGAAGUACGACUCGAAAGUGGCGGUGGCGGCCAACCUGCAGAGGAAGUAUGACUCGAAAGAGGCGGAGGCGGCCAACCUGCAGAAGAAGUACGACUUGAAAGUGUCAGAGGCGGCCUACCUGCAGAAGAAGUAUGACUCGAAAGAGGCGGAGGCGGCCAACCUGCAGAAGAAGUACGACUUGAAAGUGUCGGAGGCGGCCUACCUGCAGAAGAAGUACAACUCGAAAGUGGCGGAGGCGGCCGACCUGCAGAAGGAAAACGGAAAAUUCAAGAAGGACCUAGAGGAAAAGGAAAAGGAAAUCAAAUUGAUAAAGAACAAACUCGAGGAGAAGGAGAAGGAGACGAAGAAGUACGACUCGAAAGAGGCGGAGGCGGCCAACCUGCAGAAGAAGUACUUCUUGAAAGCGGUGGAAGCGGCCAACCUGCAGAAGAAGUAUGAUUUGAAAGAGGCGGAGGCGGCCAACCUGCAGAAGAAGUACGACUCGAAAGUGGCGGAGGUGGCCAACCUGCAGAAGAAGUACGACUCGAAAGUGGCGGAGGUGGCCAACCAGCAGAAGAAGUACGACUCGAAAGAAGCAGAGGCAGCCAACCUGCAGAAGGAAAAUAGAGACAUCAAAGAGAAACUGAAGAAAAAGGAAGCAGAAAUCAAACAACUAGAGACUGAGUGCGAGGCUAAGAUGUGGAACACGAACACAGCUUACAACAAUAAGGAGGACGAGGCAAACGACCUGAAGAGGGAGAAGGGAGACCUGAUGCUAGAGAUAGGAAGAAAGGAUGAGGAGAUCAAAGAGCUAGAGGACCAGGUGAAAAAAGCGCGAAGGGAUCGGCAAAGGGGCGAGAGAGAGGCCAGGGCUGAGAGGGAAGGCUUCAAUGCGCAAAUCGCUGACUUUGAGGAACGCAUUGCGACUCUACAGUCUCGUCUGAAUGAAGAAUCGCGCAAGAAUCGAGCGCUGACGACACAGAUCAGAGAGAAGGAGAGCGAGCUCACGCAAGCCGAGGCAGAUCACGAGAAAAGGAUGAAGGAUCUAAAAAAAAGGGAGAAGGGGAAAGAGAAAGAGGCAGCCGAAGAGAGAGACAAGCUUAAGAGUGACCUCCAGAGUCGAGACAGGAAGAUUGAGGACCUCAAGAGGCAGUUACAGGAGCAGGAAGAGAAAGUGAAAUGCGUUCUUUCUUCGAAGGAAUAUUCUCGCUUCAAAGAAAUGGAGCCGCCCCAAGACCCCAAGGUGCCAGGCGGGAGGAGGAGGGCUCGGGGAGCAGCUGGCAGCGGCAACACUCCGCCAGCAGCUGCCAGGGACGGGGCGAGGGGAGCGACAGGUGGGGGAGACAAGCCUCGGCAAGCAACUGGCAGAAAGGGCAAGGCUAGGAAAGCACCGAAGGACGACAAGCCAGUGCGAGCAGCAGGCAGUAAGAAAAAGGUGCGACAAAGGGCAGACAGGAAGGCCGAGGGCGAGGUGGCAGCCAAGGAGUCGUCGCAAGAAGACAGCGACGCGGUUACACCGGAAGACGAGAGCGAUGAAUCAAUGUGAUUUCAUCCAUCCUUAUAGCGAGGGUGUGUAAAAUAAAUUGAAAUACGUAGAA